AUGUACUAACUCGUCUUCCGAUGGGAGUAACCUCUUUAUGCUAAUCAAACGGUAUAGUAUCUGGUAACGAUGACUCUACUGUGUGCACAGGGUGCACUCAGCCCUUUGCUUUCCCGCUUCCAAGCAUGGUGCCGAUAUGGGUUGAUGGGCGUAUCCUAUGUCGUCGUCAUAAAUGCAACCAGUGCGUCGGAGCUCCCGAGUUCGUUCCUAUACAUUAUGAUUGCUAUCAAAUUUUCAGAGUGAACGUGAACCUAGACGAAUCUGAAGCCCUAAACCUCCUGUGGACGAUAGGUUCAUGGAGGAACCCCUGGCCAAGAGCGCAACCUAUCUACCUCAGCCAUGCUAUUGAUCAGGUUGGGCUCGAGAGAAUAUCAGAAAUAUCCGGGCUUUCCGAUCUACGCAAACUUCCACCAGAGCUCGUGGGCAUGAUUCGCGAUUUGUCACCUCACCAAUUGUUCUGGCGAUCUAUCUUCGUUAUAAGUCUUUCAUUCAAGAUACCACAGUCGCGACCGCUUUCAAGGAGCCUGCUUAACGAAAUUUUGUCAUGGGAACGAGGAGCACCCCCUGUGUUUACUUCGUCCGCUCCAGCGCCACCUCUGAUUAGACUUACUAUUGAUGCCCAUGGGAUCAAUAAAAUAGAACGCCUACACGAGUGGCCGGUAUUUAACAGCCGUACUACGAAUCAAUCGGCAUUCAUCGUCGAACAUAUAAGAAAUGUGUCUAGAAUACAUGUGGAAUUCAAGGGUGAUUUUUCACACCUGUGUCUGUCCGAAAACCAACCGAGUCUGUGUAUUUGGAAUACAUGCAGUCCUCCUAGGCUUUCUUCUUGCAGUUUCCUUAACCCUGCGGCUUUAAAGUCACACAUCUCUUCGCGGCUUUAUGUUAGGGACUUAGGCCGCUCUCGUGGGAUUACCUUUUUCUUUGCUUCUGGUCAGCUCUUCGGCAUCCAUAUUCAUCUAUCCGAAAAUUCAUGCGCGAUGGAUACCUACAACCGGAUUUCCAUCCAUCGUCGGCAAAGAAUAGUUUGGGUCUACGUGCCCAUAUCACCACUCGAUAGACCUCUCGGUCUUGGAUCUCGCAAAACCAACUUCGGUUUCAAAAUCCUGAUUCAAAUGUCUCUUGCCGGCGAAAUUAUCCUUGGCCGUUCCGAGAACCGGACUGAAAAGCAUGUUCUCCUUGGGUCUGGAACACCUAUGACAUUAAUCUAUGGAGAACCCCAGGAACUGCAGCCGAUUUCCAUAUUUGGAGCAUAUCCAUCACCCGGUAGCAAUAUCCCAUUAUUUGAGGCGCAAGAGUUUGAGCCCGAUAUACCGGGGGCAUAUUUCUCAUGGGCACCCCUUAGCCAUAUCCAAUCAGUCAACACAUUCUAUGACGGGGACACUAGACUUUGCAAAGGUAUUAUUUUUCAUUAUAGAAAUGGAGGCUCACGUGCUCUUGGCCAGUGUCGUCUAAACGUUGAUCAGAGUAUUAUGGUGAUAGAACCAUGUGUACUCUGUUUUCAGAGUACAUCGUAUUCGACCUCUGCAGGAAGACUACAGCGUCAUGGGGUACGGGUCGAGGUGACAGGGGAUGAUGCCCAUGAGCAUAGCGAUAGUGGAUGGAAGUGUCUACCCCUUAGAAACGGCGUGCUAACCUUCUCCUUCACCGAGGAUUCAUCUUAUAUGUCUCUAAGAGAGGAGCCACGGAUAACAACGUGAUUAUGCUAUUGAGAAGUAAAACGCGGUUUCUUCAUAUACUAGUUAGGUAUUUGGGUACAGUUAAUCUUCCUGGAUUGAGAAAACGGUAGUAUUGUUAUGUACUAGUCAACAUUCUUAGGAAAGAAACUUGUAUAAUAGUUUGCCCCCUUAAACAUGUAAACCUAAGCUGCCUUUCCUUUAUACCUGCUACUAAUAUUCCUUGCUUGUCAGUCAACUUCCCAUAA